AUGCCUAACAAUUUAUUGCAUUUGCAAACAGUUCAUCCUGUUUCCCUCCGGCAGGAGAAUGGACAGAAAAUUUCGGAGUUCCUUUCAUCACAUCCACGGGUGAAGAAAGUAAAUUAUGCUGGUCUUCCUGUUCAUCCUGGACGUGAUUUGCACUGUUCUCAGGCAAAGGGUGCAGGAUCUGUGCUUAGCUUUUUAACGGGUCACCGGCACUCUCAAAGCACGUUGUUAAGAGUCUUAAGACUACCAAGAAGUGUGAAGUCCCUUAUGAGCUUGCCCUGCUUCAUGUCCCAUGCAAGCACACCAGCUGCGGUACAAGAUGCCAGAGGUCUCACUGAAGAUCUUAUUCGUGUCUCAGUGGGGAUAGAGGAUGUCAGUGAUCUGACUGCUGAUUUAGACCAUGCACUCAGAACUGGACCGUUAUAG